AUAACUCACCACCUUCCUCACAUUCACCUAGGAUUGGAUUGUCCCCACUUUCUGAAAGUAAUAAAAUCAGGAUAAUCUUCAACUCUCUGUCCCUUUUCUCCUUCUCGCUUUCUUUCUUCCCACCUUUUCUCUGUUUCUUCUUCUUCUUCCAUUAGUUCCUGCUGAAAGUCCUAACACAACACCACCCUUCUUCAUCUUCUUAUGUUUUUGACUUGUGGCCACCACUGUGACCCAUUUCUGUAUCUUCUGGCAAGGUUCUAUCCGUUUCUUCUUUUGGAUCACCCUUUUCACUGUUCGACUCCUUCUUGCUAUCUGCUUCGUCAAUCUGAUUAUUCAUGGGUGAAAAGCUAAUUUGUUCACUUGAAUAGGUGUACAGUGCUAAAGGGUUAAGUUUGAAACCUAGCCUGCUAGUUGCAUCAUCAGGUCAAAUCCAUAACUUUCUGGGAAUCAAACGAUGAUGAUGUUUGAAGAUAUGGGUUUUUGUGGGGAUUUGGAUAUGUUUUCUGCUCCCCUUGGAGAAGGGGACAUUACCACCCGGCAAACUGAGCCAGAGGUGAUAGUUGAGGAUGAUUAUAGUGAUGAAGAAAUUGAUGUAGACGAGCUCGAGAGGAGGAUGUGGAGGGACAAAAUGCGUCUGAAGCGAUUGAAGGAGCAAAGUAAACCUAAGGAAGGAAUUGAUGCUGUGAAGCAGAGGCAGUCCCAAGAACAAGCAAGGAGGAAAAAGAUGUCAAGGGCUCAAGAUGGAAUCUUGAAGUACAUGCUGAAGAUGAUGGAGGUUUGUAAGGCCCAAGGUUUUGUCUAUGGCAUUAUUCCAGAGAAGGGAAAGCCAGUGACUGGAGCAUCUGAUAAUCUUCGUGAAUGGUGGAAGGACAAAGUCCGGUUUGAUCGAAAUGGUCCUGCUGCCAUAACCAAGUAUCAAGCUGAUAACGCUAUUCCGGGGAAGAAUGAUGGAUGCAAUCCGAUCGGUCCAACACCACACACCUUGCAAGAGCUGCAAGACACAACCUUGGGUUCUCUCUUGUCAGCACUCAUGCAGCACUGUGAUCCUCCUCAGAGGCGUUAUCCAUUGGAGAAGGGCGUUCCUCCACCAUGGUGGCCUAAUGGUAAUGAAGAGUGGUGGCCCCAAAUAGGUUUGCCUAAAGAUCAAGGUCCUCCACCUUACAAGAAACCUCAUGACCUGAAGAAGGCAUGGAAAGUUGGUGUUCUGACUGCAGUUAUCAAGCACAUGUCUCCUGAUAUCGCAAAAAUUCGCAAGCUCGUGAGGCAAUCCAAAUGCCUUCAAGAUAAGAUGACAGCCAAGGAAAGUGCAACCUGGCUUGCAAUAAUCAAUCAAGAGGAGGCCUUGGCGCGUGAGCUUUACCCGGAUUAUUGCCCUCCAUUAGCAGCCUCUUCUGGAGGUAGUGGAUCUAUGGUAAUCAAUGAUUGCAAUGAGUAUGAUGUUGAAGGGGGUGACGAUGAGCCAAACUUUGACGUCGAAGAUCGCAAACCUGAGAAUCUUCAUGCACCGAAUCUUGGGAUGGACAGAAUGAUGGGAAGACUGCCUUCUUUCCCAAUCAAGGGAGAGGCUGUUACAAAUUUGGAUUUCAUUCGGAAGAGGAAGAUCUCUGGUGACUUCAACAUGAUAAUGGAUCAGAAAAUUUACACAUGCGAACAACCUCAGUGCCCUUACAGUGAAAUUCACCAUGGUUUUGCUGACAGAAAUUCUAGGGACAACCAUCGAUUGAGUUGUCCUUAUAGAGGCAGUGCUUCAACAGAUUAUGGAGGUUCAAAUUUUCAUGUUAAUGAGGCAAAGCCGGUCAUAUUCCCCCAACAGUCCUUUGUUCAACCAAAACCUACUACUACUCCGUCUGUUGUUAACUUGGUUCCAUCUGUUAUUGAUCUAACCGGACUCGGAGUUCCAGAAGAUGGCAAGAAAAUGAUCACUGACCUUAUGUCAAUCUAUGAUACAAAUGUUCAAAGCAACAAAAAUCUAAGUUCCAGUAACCAUGUAUCUGCAGAAAAUCCAAACCUUCCUCAGCCAGGCAUUCAGCAGCAACAUGACAACUUCUUUCGCAGUCAAGGAAUCAGUAUGGAAGGAAACUUCUUUGAAGAAGCCAACAUGUCCAACAACAAUCAUCACAUGUUUGCAAGGGAGGAAGGUCAAUUUGACCGGUUCAAAGCUUUGAAUGCACCACCCUUUGAGACCAAUCACAACAACAACAACUUCCAUUUGAUGUUUGGUUCCCCUUGUGAUUUGGCAUCCUUUGAUUUCAAGGAGGAUAUGCAAGGAGGAGUAGUAGGGAUGGAUGCUCUUCAGAAACAGCCUGAUAUCUCUAUUUGGUACCAGUGAAAAUGACAGCUUAAAGCUUGAAACCUCCUCAUCAUCUUCAUCUAUCAUGGACUCUUUUAUUUUCCUUCUAAAAGGGUUGGCACCCCCCUAAUCAUGUGAAGUUCCUUUGGCCGAAAAAGGGUUUCACUGCAAUUUUCUUCACAUGUAAUCCUGUAGGCCCAGUAGAACUAAAUAAUAUUUUAAGCUUGGCAGGUCUAGUAUGUGUUAUAUACAUAAUAAUAAUAAUAUAUAAUAAAAACUUGCAUGUUACCCAUUAUAUGUAGCUUUGUGAAUUGUGAUUGUGUGUUUCUAUAUCAGUGUAGCCAUCUUGUUGUUACUUAAAUAUUAUUACUCUUAUGUAAGACUGUGACAUAAAUAAGAUUUGAUGAAGUUCUCUUCUAAA